GCAGCCGGGCCGAAGGAGGAGGGUCUGACAAUUGGCGCCGCCGGGUGGGAGGGCGGGCGGCGCGAGUGGGUGCGGGCCCAGAGGGCCAGAUGGGGACACUGAAGCCCGACUGGUGAAGUCACUUGCCAAGGUCACACAGCUAAUGCCAAGCUCUGGAGUUUGUUUGUUUGUUUUUUGCUGCGCCUUGCGGUAUGUGGGAUCUUAGUUCCCCGACCAGGGAUCGAACCUGUGCCCCCUGCAGUGGAAGCGUGGAGUCUUAACCACUGGACCGCCGGGGAAGUCCUCAAGCUCUGGUUUUUGUUAACGUCAGUAUUCCUGGCUCCUAGAACAGUGCCUCACACACAGCUCCAGGGAGCAGAGUGAAGGCGAGGGAGACAAUGGUCUCUGUAACUAUGGCCACUUCCGAGUGGAUCCAAUUCUUUAAGGAAGCCGGCAUUCCUCCGGGACCUGCUGUCAAUUACGCAGUGAUGUUUGUGGAUAAUAGGAUCCAGAAGAGCAUGCUGCUGGAUCUCAACAAGGAAAUCAUGAAUGAGCUGGGCGUGACUGUGGUGGGCGACAUCAUUGCCAUCCUCAAGCAUGCCAAGGUGGUGCACCGCCAGGACAUGUGCAAAGCUGCCACUGAGUCGGUGCCCUGCAGCCCCAGCCCCCUUCCAGGCGAGAUUCGCCGAGGCGCCUCUAGCGCCGCCUCCCGGAUGAUCACCAACAGCCUGAACCGAGACUCCCCACCCGGCACUCCCCCCAGGCGGCCGGACACCAGCACUUCCAAGAUCUCUGUCACCGUGUCCAACAAGAUGGCAGCAAAGAGUGCCAAGGCCGCUGGCUCCUUCCCGUCGUGGGGCCUUUGCCCUGAUGUUCCCUUCUCCUGGACCUUCUUCCUCCACAGACUUUUCCAUGCUUGGCCGCUGUUCCUCUUCCAGGUCUCAGCUGCAGCCCUGGCCCGCCGGGAGGAGGAGAGUUUGACUGGUGCCACCAAGCGGCGCCGGGUCACGGCCGAGAUGGAGGGGAAGUACAUUAUCAACAUGCCCAAAGGUACCACCCCCCGGACCCGGAAGAUCCUGGAGCAGCAGCAGGCAGCGAAAGGUCUCCACAGGACGUCUGUGUUUGAUCGCCUUGGCGACGAGACCAAGGCAGACACCACGACGGGGAAUAAGCCCACAGGAGUCUUCAGCCGCCUGGGGGCCACCCCAGAGAUGGAUGAGGAUCUGGCUUGGGACAGUGACCACGACAGCAGCAGCUCUGUCCUGCAGUAUGCCGGCGUCCUGAAGAAGCUAGGCCGGGCCCCAGCCAAAGCCAGUCCCCAGCCCGCACCAACUGUCAAAGCCAAGGCCACCAGCUCGGCGGCAACGGCUACCGCCCCAACGCUGCGGCGCCUGGCUUUUUCCUCACGACCUGGGCUCGAGAGGAAGCCAGAGUCCCUAUCCAAAGUCAGCAUCAUCCAGAGACUGGGCAAGGCUGCCCUUGUGCCGGAGGCCCAGGACAGCCAGGUCACGAGCACCAAGAGUAAGUCCUCGGCUGAGGUCAAGGUCACCAUUAAGAGGACUCUGGUGGGGCCCCGGGGGAGCAGCUCGAGCGAGGGCCUUGGUGCCCAGAUGGACCACGCGGGCACUGUGAGCGUGUUCAAAAGACUGGGCCGCAGGACCUUCUAGCCCAAGGGCGGGGCGCAGGCCCCUCUCCAGACUCCAGGCUCCAUCAGAGUCUUCAGCGAGGGCGCGCUCACCCCUCCCUGCCGGCUGCUGGAUGACACUGCUUGUCUCCCUCGGGCGUUCUGCCAGCCUGAGCUCUCUGGGGAUUCACCCGGUCUUUCUGAGUCUGAGAUGGUCAUUGUGGCCCGGCCUUGCCGCUCUGGGACUUUCCCUUCUCUCCCGUCCUCUGUUCUCUCCUCUCUGACCGUGGCCUUGGCAGGACCCACUUUUCUACCUCUCCAAGUGCCAAGUGCCCUUUUUCUGUCCUCCAUCCCCCAUCCUCCCUCUCAGCAACAUCUGCUGCCUCAAACCCCGGCUCCGGGCCUCCCUGUCCCCCAGGGUGGGUGUCGUCUGAAGGGGCUCCCGUAUCAUACCCCCACCCCCCCUGACUGCCUCGCUUCCCUCCCUCCUCUGCCCCCUCCCCCCCGAUGCUUUGACUUCUCUCUCUCCGUCUCUUCACUCUGUUCAUUUCUUUUCUGUUUUCUGUCCC